AUGCUCAUGCCGCCGUAUGCCCACGUUGGAUCUGCUGCCAUUGCAGGCAGAACCUGCCGAGGUCCGAACGUGACCAUCACCAACAGCAAUGUUCCUCCCGGAAAUGCGGCGGAUGUGGAAAGUACAUGUCAAGGGAAGACUUCGAGGUACAUGAUUGCGGGCUAUGGAAAUGCUCCCGAUGCAAACAAAAUCGUCUGCCAGUGGCAGAAAAGCCGCAGCACCUCGAGACCUGCAAUUUCCACAACUGCAUCGCCUGCCACAUGGCCAGAAUCCCCGAUCACGAGUUCGAAGCCCAUAAAAGGGCGUGCCAGUACCGUUGGUGCUCUCGUUACACCAAGCAGCCCUGGAGUUCUCGUUGGCAAAUGCCAACGGGAGUGGAUUGUUCCCCCAACCACCAUCGACCACGAGAUGCCAAUCGGGCAACUUGCCGCUCUGAUACGAUCUACUUAUGACAAACGACGAGAAGCGAACCCAGCAUUGAGCUGUGGGGAGUUCGGUAGAGCGAUGAUGAUGUUCCAGAAAUUCUACGGUCGAGGUGACUGGACAAAGCAGACGCCGGGUCGCACAUGGAUGGAGAUCGCCAAAUUAAUCGAAGACUACACGAAAAGACAUGGAAAAAUAGACCUCUUUCUCGAAUGGGGCACUUCCAAUGGAGAUUACCAGUGUCUCAGCCAUGGCUUGGAAUCUGUCGGCAAGGGGAACCUUCUUCCACCGAAACCCAUCUGGUCGGAACGGCCAUACGGAUGGUGGUCAACAAUAAGACAGCGUCUUGGUUUACGCGCCGCGCAGGCUCCACUGGGGCUAGGUGACAUUUACAGAGCUGUUUUCCCUGAGGACGCUGGGUUUGCCGACGAUUGGCAUAGGUCUGAUGUCGACACGACAAUGACUAUCAGACUCAUUGAAGAGUACUUUCGCCGCGCUGCUGACAAGUCAGCCGCUGGGCAGAUUGAUUCAUAUUUCAAGCCCAUUUCGCCAGAGGCUGUGGAGCCCCAGGUUCAGCAACUCAAUAUCAGUGAGCGUGAUGAUGAUGAUGAUGAUGAAGAAGAGAGGUGGAUUUGUUUGUUUCACGGGAAGAUGUGUAAUACGGAUGAUGAACUAAGCGAGGACGGUGACGAGGAAGAAGAUGAGAUGACGGAUGAAGAGACGUCUGACAGGGAGGAGGAGAUGCCUGACAGGGACGACGAGGUCUGA